AUGGAAAAGCUGCCGGAAUUGACGAUUCCGCCUGAGAUGCUCAAGGCAUUAGGCGGACAAGGCAUCUGCUGGCCAACACGUAAAGUCUACACAAAGGUGCUAGGAAUAGCUGACCUCAAGAUCCAAGAAGAGCAGUGUGGCUUCCUGCCUCGUCGAAGCACCUCUGACCAUAUAUUUGCCCUGCGCCAGAUUGUUGAGAAAUCGUGGGAGUACGCCCAUCCGGUGCACAUGUGUUCUGUGGACCUAGAGAAAGCGUAUGACCGAAUCCCACGCAAUAAUCUGCGGACAUGCCUUCGAGCAUACGGCAUAGAUGGCCAGCUGCUACGAGGCAUCCAAUCACUGUACUUUGAUAGGAGGUGCUGCGUCAGAGUUAAUGGCGUUAAGUCGAAACCAUUCAACGUUCGCACUGGUCUCCGCCAAGGGCUGCGUCCUGUCCCUUAUCCUGUUUGUGUUGUGCAUGGACAGAAUAGUGAGGAGCUGCCAAAGCGAUGA